GCACGUGGAGUARAAGUUCAUGAACGUCUUGGCCAAAAUACUUAAAUUUAAGGGCAAAAACAUUAUAAAUAUAAGUUAAAACUAUGUCUAAGAGAAAAARUGAAAAGGAAGGUAGCUCAGAUAAGGGGGUUAAGGCGAGAAAGUCUGAGAAAACGUCUUUCGAAGAGUCGAACACUGAUCACGAUGAACGAGAAUUUGUUGGUGAAGUGAAGACCUUGUUAAGGAACAAAGCUACUUUGCUGUCUGGUCUUAACAAGCUACGAGAUACACUAAAGAGUAAAGAGCCAAGAAGUUUUGCAGUAUUUAAGGAGUUCAUAAGGGAGAAUUCUGAAUGUCCAGAAGUUUACAAAGUUUUAGAAAAGGGACGGCAGCAGCAGACUCCCCUCGGGGCCAGUGAGGACAUCAGAACUUGCUUCGUUCAUUUUAUCAUAUCGUUUCUAAUGUAUGGAGAUGAUGCAACCAUAAGACAUGUUCUUGACAUCAAAGGUUUCGUUUCAUCGAUAUUUAAACUCUUUCCCUCUGAUCCACCUGAUGUUGUCAACCUGGUCUUGACUGUGUUACACCAKAAGGUUGUUCAAAAUAAUGCCAUUCCAAAGAAAACCAAAGUUCAGUUCUUUAGUCCAUUUGUUCUUACAAAACUUGCUUCAUUGUAUGACUAUGACAAAGAAGAAAAUAUGGAAGAGGAUGAACAAGAAGAAAGACAGACAAUUAAAGAGAGAAUUCACAAGAUGUUAAAGGAUAUUUGCUGUACUUUUAAGUUUGGGAUCUGCUUUGCAAACAAAAUGGGAAUGUUUUCUGGAAGAUCCAACAAUCCAGUCUUGCUUCGGUUUCUCCAGUCUCUUCCUAAACAUGACCAAAAUCUUCACUUACGGCAGCUCAUCAUUCAGAUCCUCAAAUGCUGCCCAGACUUGGUGCAACCCUACCUUUCCAGCCAAUCAACUACCUAUGAGCCACGCCUCUCUUUGCCGUGGCUUACUAACAUGAACUUCAUUACUAGGUUGUAUUCAGCGCUUCCUUCUCCAUCUGACAUGGUUGAGAAAUCAAGCAUCAGGCUGACGGAGGAGUCAGUACAGCCACUCCUGAACACUGUGUUACCUUCGGUACUGACAAGAGCAAACCUUAACCAAGGAAUACAGCAUUCCAGUCGGCUAGUGAAGAACACAACCCUUACRUUACUAGUUCUCAUCUUGAAAAGAGCUUACAACCUACUAGGCUACUGUGAGAAAGAAAGGCUAUCUACCAUACCACAGCAGUCCUUCCAAGGCUUGUCGUUUGUAGAGAUGUUCAGAGAAGCUCUCCUCAGAAGCUUGCCUGAUGUUAAAACUAUAAUAUCAUUAAGACAGAACCUUGUAGCUUCUGAAAUGUCAAAGGAUAAAAGCCAAGRAAGAGGAGAGGGGGAAGAUGUUGAUAUGGGAGAUGGUUUGAUAACAUCUAGAAAUACAGGUAAAAUGUGUUUCRUGAUUAUUGAUUUGAACUAA